ACCCUGUGCAGGCCCAGGCUGCGCUCCCAGCCGCCAGGGGGCGAGCGGCGGCGGGGCUCCGGGAGCUGACCCCUCCCAGCACUGGGAACCUGGGCGUCCGCUCGGCGAGGGGGUGAAGGGGACGGUAAAUCAGUAACCAGCAGCGCACACAGGGCCUUUUGUCCCGCUCCGUCCAAAGAGCACCCAGGCCGCGGAGCUGGUUACUCAUUGCCCACCGGGGCGGGGGCGGGCCAGCUGUCCCUGCAGCUCCCUUCAGGACCCGCUGACAGGCACUUCCCCUCAAGGUGGCCGGGUAGGUGUGGAGGAGGAAGAGCGCGCUGGUCCCUCUGCUGCUGGACCGUCUGCGCGCCCCGAAUAGAGAUGAGGAAGUUGAGGCUCCGAGAGGUGCAGUCAUUUGCCCAGGCUCCCCAAGCGCUUGAGUGCGAGAGGCUGGAGAACACAAGGACUACUUUAUGCCAGAGUCAGGCCCUUCGACCCCACGUGCGGGGCAGUCGGUCGGUCAGCUGCGGCAGGUGACCCGACUAAGGUUCUGAGGUCAGGGUAGCCUGGGGGUGGGAAUAAAAUCCCUGGGCCUCCCACUCCACUCCCAACCCAGAGAGCUGCCCUCCCUGCAGAGCAGAGCAGAGUGAGGGGAUUUCACAGAGACGGGGCAAUGGAAACCGGGGGUGGGCACAGAGACAGUGGCAUCUGAACCAGCUGGAGAAGUGGGGGCAGAGAGGUAUGGGCAAGAGAGAAGACAUGCCCGGUUUGGAAAGCCAAUGGCUUCCCAGUGCUGAAGAAGCUGACUGUGCAGCCAAUGAGAUUGACAAGGGCAGGGAGGGAGGCCUUGGAUGCUGGAUAAACAGUGUGGACUGGAUCCUGCUGCACACAGGCAGCCAUUAAGGGCUUGUAAGCUGGUGGGUGUUGGGGGGUGGGGGGCGGAACAUGGUAGACUUGUAAUUUUUAAAACACUGCUGGAGAACCCAGGGAGACGUUUGCAAAGGCCCAAGCUAGAGAUGACCAUAGCGUGCUCUGGGUCCAGGCAGGGAAGGUGAGAUGGACUAGAGAGGGAUUGGACAGGUUGUGCUUCAGCUGCGGGGGCAACCCAGGGAAGAAGCAGUUCAAAGGGGGAGAUAAUGGCUUUGGCCAGGACAAGCUAAGUGUCCCCUGCCUCAGAACCAGAGCUGGAUAGGGGGGCAGUGGCUGAGGAGAAAGGGUGCAGUGGAAUUCCCGGGCAAGGUGGAUCCAGAGACACCAGUGCCACCUGACUGUUACCCAGCCCCAGGUGACAGCCAGUAAGCCCCUGGGACUACACUAGUCACCCUCUUCCCCUGCCAGCUGAGGCUCAGUUUUGAGUGUUCCUUUCAGAGGAUGGAGACAUCGUUGGUGGCAUUUGGAGGAGGGUAACUAGAUGGGGUGGGAGUGUACAUCACACCUGACAGGAACAGCACCCGCAGCGGAGGUGGCUGGCCGAGAGCAGACCAAGGGUGACAGUCAUGGGGACGGGGAAGGGGAAGAAAACAUUCCAACAUUCUGUGUGCCCAGCCCUACAUACAUUCUCUUUUCUCCUCAAAGCAGUCCUGUGAGGACAGCAGCCCAGAGAAGGACAGGGACUUGCAAGUUGGUAAGAGUCAGGAUUUGAAGUUGGCUCUGUCAGACACUGGAGUCUACAUUCUUUACAAGAGCUUGUGUGCCUCUGACGGAGCUGUGGGGACACAAAAAAACAGAGGAAGGCAGUCAGUGGGAGGCCCAGCCUGGGUCCCUGUGAGCAGCAGGAAGGAGAUGCGGCUGCUGUUGGCCCUGUUGGGGGUCCUGCUGGGGGCACCUGGGGCUCCAGCUUUGUCCCUUGAGGCCUCUGAGGAAGCGGAGCUGGAGCCCUGCCUGGCCCCCAGCCCGGAGCAGCAAGAGCAGGAGCUGACUGUGGCCCUUGGGCAGCCUGUGCGGUUAUGCUGUGGGUGGGCCGAGCGCAGUGGCCACUGGUACAAGGAGGGCAGUCGCCUGGCACCUGCUGGCCGGGUACGAGGCUGGAGAGGCCGCUUGGAGAUCGCCAGCUUCCUACCCGAAGACGCUGGCCGAUACCUCUGCCUGACACGAGGCUCCAUGCUUGUCCUGCACAAUGUCACCUUGGUUGUGGAUGACUCCAUGACCUCCAGCAAUGGUGAUGAGGACCCCAAGACCCACAGAGGCCCCUCGAAUGAGCACAUUUACCCCCAGCAAGCACCCUACUGGACACACCCCCAGCGCAUGGAGAAGAAACUGCAUGCAGUGCCUGCUGGGAACACCAUCAAGUUCCGCUGUCCAGCUGCAGGCAACCCCACGCCCACCAUCCGCUGGCUCAAGGAUGGACAGGACUUCCAUGGGGAGCAUCGCAUUGGAGGCAUUCGGCUGCGCCACCAGCACUGGAGCCUGGUGAUGGAAAGCGUGGUGCCCUCGGACCGUGGCACAUACACCUGCCUUGUGGAGAACUCUUUGGGCAGCAUCCGCUACAGCUAUCUGCUGGACGUGCUGGAGCGGUCCCCGCACCGGCCCAUCCUGCAGGCGGGGCUCCCAGCCAACACCACAGCUGUGGUGGGCAGCGACGUGGAGCUGCUCUGCAAGGUGUACAGCGACGCCCAGCCCCACAUCCAGUGGCUGAAGCACAUUGUCGUCAAUGGCAGCAGCUUCGGUGCCGAUGGCUUCCCCUAUGUGCAAGUCUUAAAGACAGCAGACAUCAAUAGCUCGGAGGUGGAGGUCCUAUACCUUCGGAAUGUGUCUGCUGAGGAUGCAGGCGAGUACACCUGCCUGGCGGGCAACUCCAUCGGCCUUUCCUACCAGUCAGCCUGGCUCACGGUGCUGACAGAGGAGGAUCUCAUGUGGACGGCAACAGCGCCUGAGGGCAGGUACACGGACAUCAUCCUGUACACAUCAGGCUCUCUGGCUUUGAUGGUGCUCCUGCUUCUGGCCGGGCUGUAUCGCAGGCAGGUGCUCCUCGGCCGGCACCCCCGGCAGCCUGCCACUGUGCAGAAAUUGUCCCGCUUCCCUCUGGCCCGACAGUUCUCCCUGGAGUCAGGCUCCUCAGCCAAGUCAAGCUCGUCCCUGGUGCGGGGUGUCCGUCUCUCCUCCAGUGGCCCCCCCUUGCUUGCGGGCCUCGUGAAUCUAGACCUACCUCUCGACCCACUGUGGGAGUUCCCCCGGGACAGGCUGGUCCUGGGAAAGCCCCUGGGCGAGGGCUGCUUCGGGCAGGUGGUGUGUGCAGAGGCCUUUGGUAUGGACCCCAUCCGGCCUGACCAAGCCAGCACUGUGGCCGUCAAGAUGCUUAAAGACAAUGCCUCCGACAAGGAUUUGGCAGACCUGGUCUCUGAGAUGGAGGUGAUGAAGCUGAUUGGCCGACACAAGAACAUUAUCAACCUGCUGGGUGUCUGCACCCAGGAAGGGCCCCUGUACGUGAUUGUGGAGUGUGCCGCCAAGGGAAACCUGCGGGAGUUCCUGCGAGCCCGCCGCCCCCCAGGCCCUGACCUCAGCCCUGACGGGCCUCGGAGCAGCGAGGGGCCACUCUCCUUCCCUGCGCUGGUCUCCUGCGCCUACCAGGUGGCCCGGGGCAUGCAGUACCUGGAGUCGCGGAAGUGCAUCCACCGGGAUCUGGCUGCCCGCAACGUGCUGGUGACCGAGGACAAUGUGAUGAAGAUCGCUGACUUUGGGCUGGCCCGCGGCAUCCACCACAUUGACUACUACAAGAAAACUAGCAAUGGCCGCCUGCCUGUCAAGUGGAUGGCACCUGAGGCCUUGUUUGACAGAGUCUACACACACCAGAGUGACGUGUGGUCAUUUGGGAUCCUGCUGUGGGAGAUCUGUACCCUCGGGGGCUCCCCGUACCCUGGCAUCCCAGUGGAGGAGCUGUUCUCGCUGCUACGGGAGGGGCAUCGGAUGGACCGGCCCCCACGCUGCCCCCCAGAGCUGUACGGGCUGAUGCGUGAGUGCUGGCACGCAGCACCCUCUCAGAGGCCCACUUUCAAGCAGCUGGUGGAGGCACUGGACAAGGUCCUGCUGGCCGUCUCUGAGGAGGAGCCCUGUUCCCUAAUGGAUGGAGACAACACUGGACUUGGAGCCAGGAAGUUCAAAGCCUGCCACUUCCAGUGCGCCAAGGCCAGUGCUCUCACUUCUUUGAGUGUCAGUUUCUUUGCCUAUAUGAAUGGGGUGCUCCUGCCUUGCCUACCUCCCACGGCUUAGGGUUUAGGAUGAAAUAGGUCUUGGAUGAGCACAUGCUUGGGGAAGGACGCCCUGCAGAGUUCACACGGGUCAUGCCAAGUG